AUGUCUCCUGAAGAAAAAGUUUGUAAGUACUGUGGAGUCAGCUAUCUAAUUCUACAUGAGUUUAAGGCUAUGGAAGAAAAAGUAAAAGCAAUGGAAAAAGAGAUGAAAUUUUAUCAAGGAAGUAUAGAACGUGAAAAGAGACUUCAAGAAAAACUACAGUCUCUUAGCCAAGAUUUUGAACAGUGCAAAAUUGACAAUGAAUCCAAAACAGAAAGGAUUCAAGAUGCAAGCAUGAAGUUAAAAAGUUACCAAGAUGAAUUUCAGAGGGUACAGAAAGAAUUGAGUCAGUUGCAACAGGAGUUAAAAAUUAAACAAAAACAAUCACAAAUCUUCAGUCAGAGAUUGAUGGAAUACAAAUAUUUCUGGACUAAGACUCUUGCAUUGCUUACUUUUACUAAAAGCGAGCUGAACAGUAUUAAAAAUGAAGUAUAUGAUCAUUUUAAAAACUGGACUUCACUGAAGAGAGAAGUUUUUCUACAAAUUAAAUCAAUAAGUGAAACAGCUUUGACAGAAAUAAAGAUGCUAAAUAAAAGUUUGACAGUGUCCCAGAGAAACAAUGGAUGCCUUGAAGAGGAAAUGAAAAAUCUGAAGUUGUUGUCAGAUGCAGCCAUAUUGAGAUCUCAGCAGAUUCAGACAUCCAAACAACAGGAAGUAAACUUGCAAACCAGAUGCCAUGACUUGCAAAAGGAAGUACUAGAUUUACAGUGUCAAGUAGAAGCACUUGGGCUAAAACUUCAGAAGGCAGUGACUGAGAUGGACAACUACAAAGAAAAGCUCAAGAAUAAAUCUAAUGAAGCUGACGAGUAUCAAAGAGAACUUAGAAAACUGAAGUUUGAAUCCAUUAUUUCUGACUCACGGCACACCAGAUUGCUUAAAGAAAAAGAAGACUCUUUAAUGACUUGUCAACAGAUAUAUAAAACUUUACAGGAAGAACUGACUGCAAAAGAAAGGCAAGAAGAUGACUUAAAAAGAAGAAUUAAUCUUGCAGAAAAUGAACUGGAAAUAACCAGAACUCUUCUGAAUCAGACAAAGGAAGAAGUUGUAACACUAAAAAGUGAAAGGGAGUUGAUGCUGAUUUCACAUCAGAAAAGCAUCGAGCAGCUGCAGGAAACCCUUAGACAGAAGCUGCUGAAUGAUGAUAACUGGAGGGAGAAGAUUGAAGCUGAAAUUACCAAGGAAAGAGCCCAACAUUUGGUUGAAUUUCAGGAGCAAGCUCUUCUCUUUAAGGAAGAAGCUAAACUGGAACUUAAUAUUGAAAAGGAAAAACACCAAGAAAUAAUCCAAAAGUAUAAGAAAGAACAAGAAGAACUACAAAUGAAGAUAUCCGACUUAAUCGAAGGUGCUACUAAAGAUCUAAGAUUCAAACUCGCUGCUCUUGAAGAAGAACUCCGUAAAUCCCAUGUUCAAUAUACUGAAGAAUCUGCGUUAAAGGAGAAAGAAAUUGAAAACCUUAAAAGUUUGGUUGUAGAAUUUGAAUCACGUUUGAAGAAGGAAAUUGACAGUAAUGGUUCAGUUUCAGAAGACCUGAGGGAGGAAAUGAAAAAGAAGUCAGAUGAACUGGAAAGAGUAAUGCUGGCACAAACACAACUGAUAGAGCAAUUCAACCAGUCCCAGAAAGAGAACACUUUUCUUCAGGAAACAGUGCGUAGAGAGUGUGAAGAACGCUUUGAACUGACGGAGGCUUUAAGUCAAGCCAGAGAACAACUCCUGGAGCUCAGGAAGCUGAGCGGACAGUUGCCACUGUCACCGUGCUCCCUCAGCCAGGGCAGCCUAACCUCCUCUGCUGCAGCUGGGAGUGGUCAGGGAGAGAGAAGGCUUGCAAGACUGAACUCUGAGAAAGUAAUCAAAAUCCCUGGCCUGCCUGGAGUGUCGAAGCCCACCACUUCUGCAGCCUUUUCUCAGCCCAACAGGGUCAGCAGCUUAGGUUUGCCCACAGUCCCCCAGCCACAUCCUCCCCGGGGUCGACCAUCUUCAGUCAGUGAGACCAGGCAGAGACUGGCUGCUAUUCUGAGGAGGAGACUGAGUCAGCAGUGAUGGAGCCGAAGUCAGGGGCAGCUCCACACAGAGUCUCUAUCUUUCCUGGAGUCCAGAGCCCCACUGUAAUUAAGAAUGACAAACUUCAAAUUAUUACUGCAGAUUGAGAAUGCAUACUUAAGGACAUUUUUAACAAUUGGACAAGCUAAUGAAUUGUGAAGCCACAUUUUCUAAGAGGCCCUUGAAACUGCAACAGAUAAUGAAGUUGUUGGUAUUCCAGAGACCCAAUCUCUGUAUUUAUGUAUUGUGUGUUUCGAUGUGCUCUAUGAAUAUGCCCUUUUAGAGAUCAUAGGUAAAAUUUUUCACCCAUAGCAUCUUUUCUACUUUUUUGCACUAUUACAAGCAGAUCUAUUUCUACACACACACACACACACACACACACACACACACACAAAAGAUUAUAUUGGUUUUGUUGGUGUUUAUUCAUUUGUUCGUUGAAUUGAAUAGGUUAAAUAGAUGAAAUUAGCAUUCCAAAUAGCAAAUGAAAGGACUUUAGUCCUUAAUUUAAUCAUUUUUGAACUGCUUAUUAGUUCAAAUAUUCACAAACUUCAUCAUCACCAAAUUUUCUCUAUUUCACCUCACAAUCUAAUUGGUUAAUCUAAUUUCUUUUUAAGCGAGGUCAGAUGUAAUGAUAGGUAAUCUUCAGGAAGACAAAAGGACAACAACUCCUGUUCAAGAAAAAGAUGGGUUAUUUCUAAAACUAUGGAGAAGAUUUUAGAUAACAAGGAGCCUAGCCAUGAAAGUAUCAUUUGGUAGAGAUUUUCUCCAUUAAAUGCUCUCUGGUACUCCAGGUCAAGUUUUGGGUUUAACUGGUAUUCAGUAGCUAUUGUGUAGAGAACUAAUUCAAGACAGUUUAGUAGAGGCACAUAGUGCUAAUUUGUGAUUCAAAUUUUAUUACCCCUGAAAAUGGUCAUCUUGUUAGCAUGUUUUCUAUUUUCAGAGUGAAAAAUUAAAACCAGAAACCAGACCAACUAUUUUAUAUAAUCAUAAAGCUUUAGGUUCCUCCUGUUUUGUAAAAGGCAACUCUUUACCUUAUGCUAGUAUUUGUCUAUCCUUUUCUCCAUAUAAUAAACAUGUAUU